AUGGCGUUAAUAGAGGGUCUGAAAACAUUUAUGUUCGGUAUGAACAAUAUGCUGAACAAAGAAGAAAAAGAAGAUGAAGAUAACUCGGAUGCAGAGUUUAAUUGCGAACAUAUCAAGAAUGAAAUAAUUGAAGAUUUGCCAAGAUAUGGUUUCACCACUCUGGAAUCCUUGGAUCUUUUAGAUAAGCAAGAUAGUCUAGAUGAGUUUGAAUUUUCUUCUUACAAUGGCGCGAGAUGUCGAAGACGAUCUUCUCACCAGUCUAAGGCUUCACGCGGUAGACGAGGAUCCAAAGAAAACAAAGAAAACGCGGCACUGUGCGAGAUACCGGAAUCCGCGGGUUCCAAGGAAAAUCGGGAAACCCGGGAAUAUAACGAGAUUGUAGAAAGAGCAAAGUAUAUUGUGGAUAAGGCUGUAAAGAACAGAAAGGUUUUCAUUAUGUAUGGGAAGGAUGGCAGGGUUAGAAGAUGUUUAAAGAGAAGAGGAUGGUUGGAGAAACCAUUUAUCUUCUCCAGAAUUGGAAGAUACACUGGUACUGGUCCAGUGAAGAAGGAUGUAGAUUUAUCUUAUCAAGGCACUUCGGGAGCUAAUUUAGAUACAUUGGUCGAGAGAUUUCUAGGCGGAGUCAGUCCUAACUUAGUCUGGUGUAAUCAAAGAAAUAAAUUGGAAUGGAAAAGAUUGCGAAGAGACCAGCUAGUCAAUAAGUUCCCACAUGCUCGGUUCACAACAAAGAUAGGAAUCCAUUCUUGUUUGGAGAAUCUAUAUUGGUUUACAAACUACUCGAUGCAUUCAUUCUUCCCACGCUGUUAUCAGGUUUUCAUUGAGGAGGAAAGAAAGGCUUUCAUAGAGGAUUACAGGAACACUGCCUGCAUUAACGUUGUCAAAUGGUUCGUCAACUCGAUUCAAGAACAGGGAAACAAAGUUCCUGAGAGUAGAAAUGGAAGGAUUAGAAGAACUUUAAUAGAGUUUAGUUUAUCCAGGUGUGAGGAGUAUGUAAAGUACAAGGAGAACCUGGAUCUGGAUUCUCCCCCUCCUCAGCUCUGGGAGCAUCAGUGGGAGCAGUUUCUCACUGAAUACUAUACAUUAAUACAAGGAGGAGCUAGAAUACAGGAGUACUACGAAGUUAACAAGAGAAGCGAAGAACUUUUAACUCAUUCAAAACGAGUUUUAGAAAAAUUAAGGAAGGUGUGCCCCCAGUACGAGAUGGACGGGGUCCUCAACCUCUGGAUUAUAAAGCCUGGUAGCUCAAGCAGGGGUCGGGGGAUCAGUAUUACCAACAAACUAGAAAGAAUUCUAAGUAUGAUAAAUGGAAAGCAGUCUCGAUAUGUAGUACAGAAGUAUAUAGAAAGACCGAUGCUAAUCUACAACACUAAGUUUGAUAUUAGACAAUGGGUUCUUGUUACUGACUGGAAUCCACUUGUAAUAUGGCUCUACAAACCUUCUUAUCUACGAUUUUGUUCCCAGCCCUUCAAACUAGAAGAUUUUCAUGAGUCAAUUCAUCUCUGUAACAAUGCAAUUCAGGCUAAGUAUAAGAAUGGUGAGAGAUCAACAAAACUUCCAGAUGAUAACAUGUGGGACAAUACCACCUUCAGUUCAUACCUUAGUCAGAGUGGUUUGGAGAAUAGUUGGGAGGAGAUUAUAUAUCCUAGCAUUAAGAAGUGUCUCAUAGGGACAUUAAUAUCAACUCAAGAGAUGAUGGACACGUGUACAAAGAAGAAUUGUUUUGAACUUUAUGGAGCAGAUUUCAUGCUCACCCCUGAUCUAAAGCCUUGGCUGUUGGAGAUCAACUCCUCCCCUGCCCUGGGACCAACCACUCAUAUCACUGCCAGACUUUGUGCCAAUGUCCUAGAUGAUGUUAUUAAGGUAACAGUUGACCGGAUGCGUAAUAAGAAUGCGGAUACUGGGGGAUUCGAGUUGGUCUACAAGCAACCAACAAUACCACACCCACAAUACUCAGGGUUGAACUUCUCUGUUCAGGGUUCAAAAUUACCUUCAGCUCCCAGGUCUGAGAGAAUGCUUAUCCAGGACGGAUUACAGUACUAUAGUUCGAGUAAACUCAGGAUAUCUCCAACCAAUGAUAAUCUUCAGGCCCUGUUUGCUGAAGCGGAGAUGUUAACGCGAGGGAAUAGUAAUGGGAACCCCAGGAUGGUCGAACUUAUUGAUACUAUUAUGUCAAUCCCAUCAUGUCUGCAGGACCAAGAGUCUAAAAUCCAGGUUGUUAAUAAAUGGAUAAAAGAGAGGAAGCUAUCUGAGGAAAGAGAAGAGAAGAAAGCAGAGCAGGACAAGGCAGGGGAUAGGAAUGACACGGUUAACCUACCGCAGCAAGGGGAUAGAAACACCCUGUAUAUCGUGUUUCAUGAUAAUCUUAUAAAUAUAAUCCUCCAAGAUGAAAUCCUUUAG